UAACUCUAACUACGCUCCUCAAACGUUGCCGGUACGCGCUCCGCCAUUUUCAAAAGCGUGAGCAGUACGGAACCAUUGUUUACAAUCCAUCGCAUCUGGACAUUUGGAGGGGAGAUAGAGGUCUAAAACACAACGAGGGUACAGACGGAAUAUCACCAUGUCUAUUGGUGUUCCUAUUAAAGUUCUGCACGAGGCAGAAGGCCACAUUGUGACCUGUGAAACAACCAUGGGUGAAGUAUACAGAGGAAAGCUUGUUGAAGCCGAGGACAAUAUGAAUUGCCAAAUGGCUAACAUUACAGUUACCUACAGAGAUGGCCGAGUUGCACAGCUGGAAAAUGUUUACAUCCGUGGAAGCAAGAUUCGAUUCCUCAUACUUCCGGACAUGUUAAAAAAUGCCCCAAUGUUCAAGAGAGUCCAGGGCAAGGGUGGCGGCGCAGGACGAGGAAAAUCAGCCAUUCUUCGUGCACAGGCUGCCCGAGGGAGAGGAAGAGCUGGUGGGCGUGGCAAUGUGUUCCAGAAAAGACGUUGAUCAUUCUGUUGAAAAUAGCCAAGAUGGCAUUGUGUUGAUUAAAUCAACUUGAUUUUCGUAAAGACAUUACAUGAGGCCAGGAUCAUGCUCAGUUCAAUCAUCAUCCAAGGAAUUUGUGGACAAUCUGUCAUACAUCAAAAGAUUACUGUAUUCAGUACAGAGAUUGCUUGUCUAAUGCAAGCACAUGAUCGUUAUACAUUGUAUAUAUAUGCUUACUAAAUCAAGGUUUUGUCAUUUCAUCACCACUUCAUUAAACUCAUUUUAAUCUUUA